AUGCAGAUGCGACGCUCAUGGGUGAUCAUCGUUCAUAUCGCUCUCUGCUGUUCGCCGGAUGUGUCUGGCAGAAAUGAGUCCGAGUUCACUUUCACACUCGUCGGCGUUCCAGCAGCUCCCCACUUUGGGCCUGAAGUACCGACCCUCUUAGGUGCCAACUUGACGUUGAUAACGUCGCCGCGAUACGAUAUAUUCCGUUGGCUCCAGGGACCCAAACAAGUGAAGCUAAUGAAAUUCGAAAGGCAUCCGAUCGUACGGACGAAUUCGGGUACUGUUCGAGGUUUUCGCCAAGAGAUUCUGGGAACUGAAAUCGAUACAUUCCUCGGCAUUCCCUUCGCAGAACCGCCCCUUGGUAGAAAAAGAUUCCAACGUCCGUUCCGUUUGCGGCCAUGGUCGGGAACGCUGGACGCGCUGGAGUAUGGACACCCCUGCCAGCAGCUGAAUUACACCGCCGGCUGGGAGUGGGUGUUCCCGAAGAAAGAGCAGAGUGAGGACUGCUUGACCCUGAACAUCUGGACGCCGAGACCUAAUUCGGUAGGAUGUGCGCAUCAGCGGACAUCUUCGAGGUUUCAUACACGACAGCAUGUAUUCUCAUGGAUCUUCUCCGAGCGAUUUCAUGACAACUUGUUUGCUUGUCGUCUCAGCAAAACCGUUUGUCCGCUCAAAACUGUGCUCAUCUUCAUCUACGGUGGUGGGUUCAACAUCGGUUCUUCCGACUGGGAGAUUUACGAUGGAAGAACACUCUCUGCCUACGGAGAUAUCGUCGUCGUGACGAUGAAUUAUCGACUCGGUCCGCUUGGUUUCCUCAACGCAAACAUCCGAGACGUCCCGGGAAACAUGGGUCUGUACGAUCAGCAAAUGGCGAUCAGAUGGAUAUAUGACAACAUCAAAAACUUCGGAGGCGACCCGAAGAGCAUAGUAUUGAUGGGAGAAUCCGCGGGAUCGGUGGCCGUCGGCCUCCAUCUGAUAUCGCCGAUGAGCAGAUACAUGAUACGCCGUGCGAUCAUGCACUCGGGCAGCCCUCUAUGGGACACUCCCGACAACACCAUCGAUGGCCCGAAGAAAGCUAACGAAUUCGCCGAAAUUUUCGGCUGCACGAAUCGAUCCGUGACAUUUGAAAGUGACAAAAACACCGUUCUGGAUUGCUUAUCAAGAAUCGACGCGGCUGAAUUGAACGCGAAAUCGCUCGAGAUCCUGGGCAAACGAGUGCUGACCUAUCACCCGAGAUGGGGAGACCAGUUUCUGCCGUUGCGGCCGAAAGACGCCAUGCGACAGGGUUUCUUCCGCGACGUCGAAGUCUUCAUGGGAGUGAAUCGGGAUGAAGGAUCCAUAUUCUUGGCCAAUACCCUGCCAGAAAUUUUCAUGAAAGGACCGCUGCCGAACAUAACCAGGGACGAGGCAUCCCUGUACAUGGUUUUUUUCUUCCAGUACAUCUUGAGAUCGGGGACUCGAGACAUCCGAGAUCACUAUUUCAGCAAGUUCGAGAACAACGACUUCGGAGGAGUGAGACAAGCUUUCAUCGAUGCCAUCGGCGACUACCUCCAAAUUUGUCCUACGGUUUACUUCGGAGAGUAUAUGGCCGAAUACGCAAACAAUGUCUUCUUUUACCUCUUCAACCAUCGUCCCAGCAAUUCCUACUGGGAUGAAUGGCUCGGCGUGGCUCACUUCGACGAAAUUCAGUUCGUCUUCGGAAUGCCUCUGCGGUACCCGGACCAGUUCACGAAGGAUGAAAUUGAGCUCUCGAAAAAAAUGAUGAAAAUCUGGAUAUCAUUCAUGAAAAACGGAACUCCAUCGCUGACCAACGGCCGCGAAUGGCCUCGCUAUCGACUGGAUAAACCAUUAUAUAUUCGCCUCGAUACCGGCCCAACGACAGAAGAGAGAGGGCCCCAUCACGAGAAUUGCGAAUUCUUCAAGAAGUAUAUCCUCCGCUGAAUUUUCGGAAGCCUUCGGAAAUACCAACUGCGGUUUUUGCCAGAUUUUGCGGGGAGCCGUGAGGUCUGGGAAGGUCCCCGGAGAAUAAGCGGAAGAUUUCCGGAAAAACGUACCCCCUCUGAUUUAGGUCCAGCGUAGUAACGCAAUCCUUCAGUGACCAACCGGAGAGACUUACAAAUAGAGGUGAAACGGCUCGCCCUGGUGACAAGCUGUAGAGGCUUCAAUGUGCUCCCAACCUGUGAUACUCCAUUGUCCACCUCAUCCUCGGGCGUCCCGAUCCCGGAUGUCCCGGGAAUCAGCUGGCUGGUAUUUUUUCUAAAAUGGGCGGCUCGCUCCU